AUGUCAGUUCAAGUUUUGUAUUUUGCCGGGGCUCACGACAUUACCCACAUCAAGAACGAGGAGAUUGCCAUUCCACCCCAAUCAGCAUGGACUUUGGAAGCGCUUUUAACCCAGUUGGUUCAAAAGUACGGUGACGAGCUAGCCAAGUUGUUCGAACAAUGCAUGUUUGCUGUCAAUAUGGAAGCUAUCGAUAAGGACAAUACACGACAUGUGAUCUUGAAACCUGGUGAUGAGAUCGGCAUCAUCCCACCUGUAAGCGGUGGAUAA